AUGGCUCCACAUACGGGUUCGGCUACUCCUGAACAAAUUGAUGCACUCCUCAAUUUCCUGGACGAGCAUAGGGAUCUUGCUCGCGGGAGAUUGAGGAGUCUAGAAGGAAAAGUCCAGGCGAAGAGGCUGUGGGAUGAAUUGUGCAAUACACUCAAUUCCAUGGGCGGUUGCACAAAGACAGUUCAGCAGUGGCAAAAGGUAUGGUUUGAUAGAAAACAUCUGGCCAAAAAAGCCGCUGCUGAUUCCCGGAGGUCGGCUUCAAUGACUGGAGGUGGUCCAUCAGUGGCACCCCAACUCUCCCAUUCGGAAUUAAAAGUCUUAUCCAUAAUGGGAGAUGGGUUCGGUGACCGCCAAAUUGGAGCCAGAGUGCCAGCUUUCACUGAAACGAAUGAAUCCAGACCAUCAACCUACAGUCAAGGAAGCCAACUGCAGCAGCAGAGCCUGGACUUGCAUGUAGAAGUUGAGGAGUACGCCGACCCAAGCAAAGAAAGCCAGCAGGUCUACUCUAAUUCAAGGAAAAACGAAAUUUCGAUCGAAAUUGAUACACAAGAAGCCUCACAAUCUGCACGUCCCAGAAGAAUACGAUCUGCUGCUGGCUCCGAUGUCAGAAGCAGGUUGUACCAGUAUGAAGAUGGACGUGCAGAGAGAGAGACAGUGAGGAACACCGAGCUCGCAGGCAUCAGGGCUGCCUUGGAAGAGUUGCGUGACAUAGGGCGUGAUUAUUUAGAGUUUUUAAGGCAAAAUAGGCGUUAG